AGCAGCGCGCCAAUGCGCGCCGCCGACGCGCGCACACAGAGCGCGCCCACCGACACGUACAGGCAGCAGCAUGCACACAGACGCUCUUUACCCAGAUCGCCGCAACAAGGUGUUUUCCCUUCAUUGCAAGAGAAAGUCUGAAUCACUGGAGUUUAAACCAAGUUGUCAGGAUGUUUCAUCAGAGGAAUGGAUCGCUCUCAAAGUCUCGUCUCAACUCUGUCAGCAUUUUAUUUUUGCGUCUCACUGCUGGGUUUCUUCUCCUGACACGUUAUUGUGGAGGUCAACCUAAGGUGGUCGGUCCGUCUAUGCCAAUAGUUACAUUAGCUGGUGAUGACAUCAUGUUGCCGUGUCACCUGGAGCCUGCUGUCGACGCUGCCUCCACAGCGGUGGAGUGGACCAGACCUGACCUGACACCCAGGUUUGUCCAUUUGUGGCGUUCUGGUGAAGAGCUUCUAGAUGAUCAGCAUCCGUCGUACAAAGACAGAACAUCAGCGUCCCUCUGCAGACUGAACCGAGGAGACAUUUCACUGAAACUGUCCAAAGUGAAACUGUCUGAUGCAGGAAAAUACAGAUGUUUCCUUCCAGAGUUGGAAAGAGACUCAGACGCCAUGGUUCAGCUUGUUGUUGGUGUCGUCUCCUCGCUCAGCGUAGAGAUUUCCAAAGUCAGCAGUGGAGUGACACUGUUGUUAGACUGUGAGUCUUCUGGCUGGUAUCCAGAGCCUGAGGUGUUGUGGCUGGACGGUGAGGGAAAGCUCCUCUCUGCUGGACCUACAGAGACAGUCAGAGGUCCUGAUGACCUCUAUACUGUCAGCAGCAGAGUGACUGUGGAGAAGAGACACAGCAACAGCUUCACCUGUAGAGUCCACCAGAAGGACACCAACCACACCAGAGAGACACACAUCACUGUUGGAGAUCUCAUGGUCCAGUGUAGUACUGCUGCUCGUAUCAGUAUCUUCUUCACUGUGUGGAUCAUGGCUGUGGUUACAGUUGGCCUCGUUUUGUGGAAAUUGGGACUGUACAAAACCAAAACCACUGACAGCAGCAUAGAACUCCAGCAGCUGAUGGGAGGAGAAGAAGGAGAGAGGCUGAUGACGAAAAGUGAAAAAAGUUCUUAUUUGGACAAUGCAAAGGCAGAACUUGACGAGGAAUCACAGAAGAAUGAGGGAGAACUGCAACAUGUACUACAUGUGAUUACAACACUAACAGAACAGAAGAAUAAUCUGAAGAACCAGAGAGAGAAACUCAUCUUACUCCUGCAGGAGGACAAGAUCCUGAUAGAGGAGAUCAAGAAGAAGCUGAAGGAGGGAAGAAUGAUGAAGAAAGACACAAAAAAGGAAAAGCGUGAAAAGACCAGAGAGGAUCUGGAGAAGAGAAGAGAAGAACAUGAGGAACUGUUAAAGAACACAGAUAAACUACUGGAGACAACAGAAGAGAUGGUUAUUAGAAUGAUAGAAAGGAAGGGGAAACUAGAGAGAAAUAAGGAGAAAAUAAAUAAAGACCUGAAAGAGAUAGAGAGACAGAGAGGAGAGAUUCAGAGGAAACUUCAGUCAGAACAGUCAGAGAGAGAAGAUGAAAGAAAUAAUACAUCAUACAAGAUACUGGUGUAACCAUUUAAAAUAUUGUUUGUAUUAAUUUUAAAUCCAUAAACAGGUUACUCCUGAAACUUCAGAUUUCAGUCCAUCACUCCUUUUGCGAAUAUAAUAUAUAUUGAGAUAUAUAUUUUUCAUGUGUUUCAUUAUGUUUUUAUUACACUGUGGUGUCAUUUGCUCAUGUGGUAUUUGUUGUAAAUUCAUGUCAGACUGUAGUUCAUUUGUGUGAUUAAAUAAUCCUGAAUAAUUCAUUCUAUUAACAUUGGUAUCUACAAAAAUGUAGUUUAAGUUAAUUGAUGUACUCGUCGUUUGACCCUCUGAACCCCAACAAGCUGUUUCAGAGAGUUUUUUUUGUUUUAUUGCUCUUUUUACAUUUUCCUCACUGUGUCCUUGUAAUUCACUGCAACAUAUACAAUCUCUAUACAUCUAUGAGUCCUGCAGCUCUGUGGAAUCAACACAAUCAUGGCUAGAAGUGGGAACAACUCAAACAUGUCACCAGUUUUCUCCACAUAUUGUACAUAUUGAAGUAUUGUCAUGUUUCCAGCCUCUCCUGUCCUCUCCCCUCUGCUCUGUGUAAACAGCAUUUUGUCACGCUUUAUCUUAAAUGAUACAUGUAGAAUAAAGAGAUGCUGACAGAAGUAUCACUAUUUUAUUUUUCUUCAUUUUGGUCACUUCUUCUAAUGGAAUUUUAUGUAACUGAUGAUCUGUUCAAGGACCGUCAAAAAGUUCAAAGUUCGGUGAUAAUGCAUGUUUUUACAGUUUUUUUGUAUCAAAACUGUAUUUUUGAUAUAUAUAAUAUAUUUUUACUUGUUUGUUUGCUUCAGAUUACAAUAAACUUCACUCUAACAAUAAACUCGACUUUCUCUGGAGAUGAAAUCACUAAAAACAUAACCACUCAACAGAAAAUCGUCAAAAAUGCAAGUAAGACUGUUUUACAGUUUCUC